CGGCAUUCUUAGCCUUAUUGCUCCCCUAUUGCGUUUUCUCUCUUCUCACAAGCUUAAGAGUGGGAUGUCACGAUAAGAGACUCCAAGUUGGUGAGCUCCUAUACCUUCAUCCGCCCUGGAGAUUUCUGUCUGCCUUUGGAUGGAGUAAGCCUCUCGUUCGAAUCCCUUCUUUUCCAUUCAGAACAACAGUCAAUUGGUCCUCUACCUCUCUCUUUCUCCCCUCCUCGAGAAUUGGCGGAUCAUGGCUCCCACACUUGAGGCAACUGUGCCGGUGUUAGAAGAGAAGAAUGCUUUGGAAAACAAGCCCAUUGUCUUGACGGGUGAUGGCACUGCUGGUUCAGACAGCCAGCCCACUUCCGAUUCUGUCCAGCGAAAGCAUGUUCCCAAGUUUGAGCUUGAAGACCAUCCAAUUGACGAGGUCCAGAAGCUCCGGGUCGCGGUAGUCGGAGCCGGCCUCUCGGGGAUUACUACCGGCAUCCUUCUGCCCGCAAAGGUUCCGGGAAUCGACCUGGUGAUAUUCGAGAAGAACGCUGACGUGGCGGGGACAUGGUAUGAGAACAUAUACCCAGGCGUCCGAUGCGAUAUUCCGGCCAAUGUUUAUCAAUCAACUUUUGCUCAGAACACCCAAUGGUCGGAAGAAUAUGCACAGGGUGCAGAGAUCAGGGACUACUGGCAAGGCGUUGCGCGGAAAUAUGAUGUCUACAAAUACGUCCGCCUGCAAAACAAGAUCAACGGCGCGUCAUGGAAUGCGGAGAAGUCAAAAUGGGAAUUGAGCGUCGAGAAUCUAGAGAAGGGCGAGAAGUACAGCGAGGAUUUCGAUAUCCUGAUCACGGCUAUUGGACGCUUCAAUUCUUGGAGGCUUCCAAACUACCCCGGUAUCAAUGACUACAAGGGUCACCUACGCCACUCCUCGAAUUGGGAUCCGAACUUCGAUCCCACGGGGAAGAGGGUGGCUGUCAUCGGUAAUGGGGCAAGUGGUAUACAGCUGGUUCCAAACUUGCAGAAGGUGGUAUCACACCUAGAUCACUACGCUCGGAGUAAGACAUGGAUUGCGGGCUCCUUUGGCGGGGAGGGAUCAGGAAGGACUCUUGAGCCCAAGUACUACCCGAAAGAAUUACUGAAGUCUUUUGAGGAGGAUCCAGAGAAAUAUUACAAAUUCCGAAAGGAUCUUGAGGGGAAGUUUUACCAGCGCUUUGGCACCCUGUUCAGGGACUCGGACGACAAUAAAGGACUUCGCGAGGAGUUUAUCAAACUGAUGGCACAGCGAGUACAGAAGAAACCGGAGCUACUUGAUAGCCUCAUCCCGGAUUUCUCACCUAAUUGCCGCCGCCUCACCCCCGGCCCAGGAUACUUGGAAGCGCUCACUGAAGAUAAUGUCAGUUUCAUCCAAACGCCUAUCAAGAACUUCACUGCAGAUGGCAUCGUCACGACCGACGGUGUCGAGCGGAAGGUAGACGCCGUCAUCUGCUCGACCGGCGCUAAUGUCGACAUGCUGCCUCCCUUCCCAAUCACCGCCAACACACACUCCCUCCACUCCGCCUGGACACCGGACCCUAUCACCUAUCUUGGGGUCGCACAUCCCUCAUUCCCCAACCUCCUCUUCGUCCAAGGCCCCAACGCCGCCGGCCACAGUGGGACCAUCCCCAACCAGGUCGAAACCCAAGUGACGUACGUCGCGCAACUCCUCCGCAAAGUCUCCCACCAAGGCAUCAAGACUUUCGCGCCCUCGCAAGCCGCCACCGACGACUUCGUCGCUUACUCCGAUGCCUUCUUCCCGCGCACCGUCUUCACCGACAACUGCAGCAGCUGGGCCAACGGCGGCAAGCCCGGCGCCCGUAUCCACGGCCACUGGCCCGGUAGCGCCAGCCACGCCAACUGGAUGCGUCGCGAGCCGCGCUGGGAGGAUUGGGACUGGACCUACCGCAACAAGAGCGGCAACCGCUUUGCAUGGCUGGGCAACGGAUGGACUACCAAGGAGAUCACCGGUAAGGGCGAUUUGACGCCAUAUCUGAGAAAGCCAGGGGAUGUGGAUCUCAGGGGCUAUCAUGAGGAGUGGUACGAGGGAUUGGAAUAGAAUGGGCCAUUGGAUUAGAUCAGCUUGCGUAGUUAUGAAUGGAAUAAAUGGAUAGAGUGAAAUGUACAAAGAUGGUCCUGUGAGAUUUGUAAUACAUACCUUAGCAGAAAACAGU